AUGGCAUCGGCAUCGACAUCGCCCGCCCAGCCUCAACCGCCAUCUCAACCCCCCGACGCAUCAUUCCGCUUCCCCCGCGAAUACCACUUCCCUGCCUUCUUCACGCCCCAGCCGAACCUCACCACGCACCACGCCCAACUCACCAAGUGGUCCUCCCUCAUCCUCUCCUACGCCAAGCACCACCGCCUCUUCAAGCUCUCCCUCUCGUCCGCCUCGGACUCGGCCCUCUUCUCCAACCGCCGCAUCAACCGCCGCCUGGCGCCCGCCGACAUCCGCCAGGUGAUCGACUUUAUGCGCAAGGACGGCAGGGCAGAGUACGCUGGCGGCGACAAGGCCAGGGACGGAGACGUCGUCUACGUCUACUGGAAGAAGCCCGACGAGUGGGCGGCCCUGGUCGAGGCCUACGUCGAGGACACCGCGCAAAAGGGCAGCGUUCUGACCCUUUACGAGCUGACUGAUGGGGAGGGAACGAGAGGCACAGAACUACACGGCAUGGACAGCGAGGUCCUACUCAAGGCUCUCAAUGUUCUCGUCAAGCGGGGCAAAGCUCAAAUAUUUGGUUCCGAAGACUCUCUAGGCGUCAAGUUCUUCUGA